CGCGGCCGGCCGGCUACCUACAUGACGUAUACGGAUGUACGGUGUAAAAACGGUAAAAACGUGCGAUCAACGACUGAUUAAACCAUAUAAACGCACCAGUCACCACCUUUUCGAUACCACCUGCUGGUGGUUGGGAGUUGGAGAGAAAAGUAUCAUCGGUAGACAUUUUUACUUAUGCAAAUAAAACAAAGUGUAACAUUUGAACAAACUAGUGCUAUUUUUUUGUUUUAGAGUCGAGUGUCGUACCCUCCGAAGCCUGCUUUUGCAGCGAUCGUUACGUCGUAAGUGCAUUGCAUUGUUUGGCUGGUUUAGAAAAUGGAGACCUGUCCAAAUCCGGAGGGAAAGUCAAAGAAUGUCGAUGUUUCCUCCGGAGAAAAACCAAGAGAACAUUGGACCGGGCGACUUGAUUUCAUUCUUUCUUGCGUUGGGUUCGCCGUGGGGCUGGGUAACAUUUGGAGGUUCCCGUAUCUUUGUUACAAAAAUGGUGGUGGAGCCUUUCUGAUCCCAUACUUCAUAUGUGCCAUCGCCGGAGGAGUGCCAUUGUUCCUACUUGAGGUCGCAUUGGGCCAAUUCAUGGCUCUGGGUGGUAUCAAGGCCUGGAAUAUUUGUCCAAUCUUUAAAGGCAUUGGCUUCGCAACCACUGUCAUCACCUUCUGGUUGAAUCACUACUACAUCAUCAUCAUGGCCUGGGUUCUCUUCUACCUGUUUUCAUCGUUUACUACUGAGCUACCAUGGUCAACCUGUGAUAACUCUUGGAACACUGAAAACUGCUCAGUAACAUUCAAUAAUACGAACCUUACUUGCUUCAACAAUAGCAGUUCAGUCAUCAAUUCAUCGUACAACGAGAUCACCAAUACCACCUGCUACAAUGACACUCAGGUAUCUGCUGUGGAAGAGUUCUUUGAGCGGCGUGUGUUGGGAAUCUCAAAUGGUUUACAUGAGGUGGGGACCAUACGCUGGGAGUUGGCUCUCUGUCUUCUCUUAGCUUGGGUUCUUGUCUACUUCUGUAUCUGGAAGGGUGUGAAAUCUACUGGCAAGGUAGUCUACUUCACAGCAACAUUUCCCUAUGUGGUGUUAACUAUCCUGCUAGUUCGUGGAGUUACAUUGGAUGGAGCAGUCGAUGGUAUCAUCUUUUACUUGGAGCCAAAAUUGGAACGCCUCUUAGAAAGUCAGGUAUGGAUUGAUGCAGGUACUCAGAUAUUCUUCUCUUAUGCCAUUGGUUUAGGAUGCCUGACUGCACUUGGAAGCUACAACAACUUUAAGAAUAACUGCUACAAGGAUACGCUGAUAGUUGUGACCAUUAAUAGUUUUACCAGUCUAUACGGUGGGAUCAUUAUCUUCUCAGUGUUGGGGUUUAUGGCCAAGGAGCAGCAGAUUGAUAUUGCAGAUGUUGCUACCAAAGGUCCUGGACUUGUGUUUAUAGCCUACCCUAGAGCUAUAUCCUUAAUGCCUGCUGCUCCUCUCUGGUCUUGUAUCUUCUUCUUCAUGCUUCUACUAAUGGGCCUCGAUAGCCAGUUUGUUGGUGUUGAGGGCUUCAUUACUGCAGUGGUGGAUUGUUUUCCAGUCUUACGUCGAGGCUAUAACCGAGAGUUCUUCAUCCUGGGUUCAUGUGUUGUCUCGUAUGGCUUCGGCCUCACCAUGGUAACAAAUGGAGGGAUGUAUGUGUUCCAGAUUUAUGAUUACUUCUCAGCUAGUGGUAUGGUAUUGCUCUGCAUGGCAUUCUUUGAAACCCUCGUCAUUGGAUGGGUAUACGGUGGAGAGAGAUUCUACCAGGACAUUGAGAGGAUGAUUGGAUUCCGGCCAUUCUUUUGGUUCAAAUGGUGCUGGAUGUUCUUUACUCCUGCCAUUUCUUUGGCAAUUUGGAUAUUCAGCGUGGUGACAUGGGAGCCCUUGGAGUACAACGAUUAUACGUACCUCUUCUGGGGAGAAGCCAUAGGCUGGUUCCUGGCACUCAGUUCCAUGGUUUGCAUACCUGGCUACUUUGUAUACAGGUUGUUAACAGCGAGGGGAAGCUUAAAGGAGCGAUGGCAGUUCUUGACAACACCAGUCCUGACCAAUCCCUAUGUGGAAGAAGCGGUGAGAGUCGACUACUUAAGAGAUACUAAUACGAAAUCGUCACUGGAAAUGACGAAGUACAUUAGUCUGUAGAUGCAGAAUGAUAAUAAUAAAUAACUUUGCUUUUAUACAGCUUACAUAUCCCAGUUGCUAGAUCAAGACCCUUAACAGACAUACCCAAGACCAUUCCUCAAGCUUACAACCCCAAAGCUGCCUAAAUCAGUGCCAAUGAACACAAUGGUCUCAGCCCUCUCAGAUUCCAACUUAUACACCUGUGUUAAGAGAAGAAAUUAUGGUUAAGUGCCUUUGAAAUUAACCCACACUCUGGAAACUCGACCAUCCCCUUACAAAACUAAUCUUUCAAAUUCUAUAAAUAAAAACUAUGGUAAAUUUAUACAAUAUUAUAUAGAAAAACUGUAGAACAUCAAUCUAAAAUUUGUAUACAGUUUUACUUUCUAUAGAAUUUCACUGCUUCACAAUUUCUAUAGAGAUUUAUAGAGCUCUAUAUCAGAAAGGCCAUGCCAGAGUAAAGCAACUCUUCCUAUGUUUAUAGUGCAGAAUAAGAAGAAUGGUGGCUUCUUAUAUAGCGCUCAGGUCCUUCAAGCAGUGACACUUAUGGCAUUCAACAUUAUUACCCUGGUCACUGAGCCUUAAAUCAUUCCUCAAACCAUCUCAGGGGAGUGUACAGCCUUUGUUGCCAAACAUCUAGCGCACUAAGCUAAUUAAUCACAAGAACCAUCUCUACCCUCACAGGUACCCAUUUACCCCUGGGUGGAGAGAAGC